CCGCCUCUCCCCCGUUCCCACCACCCACACCCCUACUGCUCUUCCUCCGCCUUCACCCACCUCUCUUCCUCAGCUCCUCCCCCUCCCCACGGCCGUAGCAGCCAUGGCGACCGCCACCUCCUCCUCGUCUUCCCGGCGCAGCUCCGAACCAAGACACCACCUCCUCUAGCCCUCCUCCAGCCGCUGCCAAGGAUCACGUAGCCGUACAUAGGUUCGGAGAGGGUGGUGUGCAAGUGUAUAGAACUACCAUACGAGUUGGAAGAUACAAACAGCAGGGGCGGCGGAGUGCUAGCGAUGAUGCUGGGGAAGAGGUCCGGGAGGCCGGCGCCGGCGCCGGUGCGGCAGAACAUGCGGCGGACGACGAGCAUGACGGAGUUCGCGCCGCCGGACGCGCUGGCGGGCGUGCCCGAGGAGGAGCUGGAGGACGAGGAGGCGGAGCUGCAGCUGCUGCCGCCGCCGCCGCCGGCGCGCGCCGCGUUGCAGGCGGAGGAGCCCUACACGUGGGCCGUCGGCGGCGGCGGCGGCGCGGCUUCGGCUGGCGGGAGGGCGGACUGGCUGGCGGCGUACCGCGCCCGCGCGGCGCCGGCGCUGGCGGGGCUCCGGCGGAACUCGGCCGACUUCUCGGCCGCCGAGACCGCGGCGUUCCUCCGCUCCUGCGGGCUCUGCAACCGCCGCCUCGGCCCCGGCCGCGACACCUUCAUGUACAGGGGCGACACGGCGUUCUGCAGCCUGGAGUGCCGGCAGCAGCACAUGACGAUCGAGGAGUGGAAGGAGAAGUGCGCGCUCGCGGUCGCGGCGCCGCCGACGGCGGCGCCCCCGGCGGGGGACCCGGUGGUGGUGGUGCCUCCGGCCGGCGCGGGCUCCGACAAGCCCGGCGAGACGCUCGCCGCGGCCUGAUGAGGCGACCGGCCGGCCGGCGGGAGCACGCUGGCUGGCGCGCCACGCACGCACUACUACUACCCAUCUACCCGCACAAACCUAUGCCCGCAGCCUGGUGGGCUCCGCCAUCACCAGCCAUGUAAUAUGCUCUCAUCAACGAUCAAUGCAAAAGCACUACUUGAUCUUGAUGCUACUGUAUUGUUCGUCUGCGCGGAUGAAUUUCUUUGAUCUCAUCA